AUUGCGUGCAAACACGUACCACAACAGUGGGAAAGAGUCUAAGUACCUAGGCGUCAGACUUAGAGCACAACAUGCAGCCACCAGAAUCCCUUACCUAAUAGGCCAAGCUGGAGGCAAGAUAAUGAAUCCCAUUGAUAUAGUUCAGGAAUUUGCCCAGUUUUACAAAAACCUCUACAACCUGGGCGAGGUAGAGGGGGUCACAGCCCCUGAG